AUAUAUUGAGUUAAUUUUGUGUAUAAAUAUGAUGGCAGGAAAAUUCUAGUCAGCAGUUAAAGUUGAGAAGCAUUUACAGUUGGAACCAAAACUCUAUUAAAUAUAAUUCUUGACUUUCACUAAAAUGAAAGUUAUUUUUCCACUGUCGGUGGUAGUUUGCGUUGCCUAUGCAAUGGCCUUACCAUCAAAGGUCUCAACAACUUAUAGCGAUAACUAUCCAGCUUUCAAAGCUGACUUUACAAACUUAAAUCCGGAUAAUAUUUAUAUAAGAAUUCUCAUGGACUUGGACAACAGAAUCCGGAGAUGCAUAUACCCCAACUCCAUUGAAAACAUUCUGACUAUUCUUCAAAACACAUGUGUUCCUCCAAAAUGUGAUUUCAAAAAGCUAUUAUGGUAUAUGGAUACCAUGUACAACAAUGCCGCUACAAUGGCUGAUGACAGCUGGAAUAACAACAAAGUUAAGAAGAAUUUUGACGAAAUCGACAAAACCUCUGCAUCUUUUAGCACUCUAAACCAACUGAUUUAAUAAAAGAAAGCAAUAUGUACUUUUUCAUCAAUGAUUAAUAGCAUACUUGCUUUAACAUAAACAUACAUACGUACAUAAAGGAAUGCAGUAAAUAUGAAUAAAAUGGGCUUGAUUCUCGAUGAAACCUUCUGAUAUAGUAUUUACUUUAUAAAUAGUUUUAAUAAACC